AUGAAGAGAAAAAACAGAAGGAGACAUUGAUGCAACUGGAGAGGUAAACGCUUCAAUUUUUGUCGAGGGAGCGAAGGAGGCACAGAGGAGGACUCGAUGGCCCAGCAAGCCGCAACAUCACCGUCUUCGUCAGACGACGAGGAGGAAGAAGUGGCAUGUUUCGAGCGUGACACGGAGAGCUUCAUGCUGCGGAGGCGGCGGUUCAUGUUCCCGGGUCUCCCACCAGUCGUGCUGAACCAGGACUUCGUGUCUGUUGAGGGGACAGGAGGGGCCGUCUGGCGGCCCUCCAUCGAGUUCUCCGAGUUCGUUUGCAGCGAGGAGGGGCGGCGCUGCCUGCCGCUAGCCGGGAAGUCGGUGCUGGAGAUCAGCUCCGGCCUGGGGCUCGGCGCCAUCGUGUCCUGGAACCUGGGGGCGUCGCCGGUGGUAGCCACGGACUUGGGCUCGAAGGACGGCCCGAUGACCCUCCUCGCCCGAAAUGUGUCCGAAAAUUGCGGUCCAAGGGCAGUAGCGACGCCACAACCUUCGCCGGGUCGUACGUCAAGAGAUCACUCGAGGGGCGGGGAAGCAGGGACCUCUGCCAAGGGACGUAGUGCGGAGGAUGAGGGAACCCCGCCACCGGGGAGAAGAAGACCUCUCCCCCCUCCUCCUCCGAGCGUGCAGAGCCUGCGGUGGGGGGACAAGGCCCAGCUGGCGGACGCGCUGAAGAAGUUCGACGGUUUCGGUCCCGACGUCUUGCUCGCGUGUGACGUGGUUUUCGACGACGCUCUGCUGCCGCCCCUGCUGGAAACCCUGGCGGAGGCCGCGUGCCGCACGACGAGGGGAGGGGGGCGGCCCAGCCUCUGCGUCUCGCACCAGAAGCGAAACCGUCGGCGCGAGGAUAAUUUCUUCGCAUCCCUGGCAAAGCGUAUCGGCGGAGGGGGGCAGUUUCGGAUGCUGCACCAGCAGAACGAUUUGUCAGUGUUCGUGUUCACGUACUUGAUGGGGCGCCAUUAG